AUGGCAUUGCAGUUGUGAGAAUAUAUAUAUAUACGAAGAUGAUGUACGAUUCAAUAUUUUCCAGAAGCUUUAACAAGCACGAGCAGAGAAGACUUAAAUAUGGAGCCUUUGUGAGCUGCUUUCUGCUUUUUCUAAGUCUCUGCACAGUGUUCAAGCCUUACUUGGGUCCUAUUCAAGCUUUGAAUCUGAGGCUGUCAGUGGGUGAUGGAGUCAAAAUGAGAAUGGUCAGCGACACCCCUAGCUCUCCAAAAAUAGCAAAAGCAGUUGAAAACAUAGUAGCAAAUAUUAUUGUAAAUGACUCCAGAAGCUCUUCACAAGUGGAAGAAGUUGAAGCCAUUGAACCUAAGAUCCUUGUCAAUGACACUAGCAGCUCUUCACCAGUGAAUGAAGACAAAGACAUUAUAAUAAAAGUUCCUGUCAAUGACACCAGCAACUUCCCGCGAGUAGCUGAAGGAUCUGAAGCUGAAGAAGACAAGUCGACUAAGAUUCCUGUCAAUGACACUGGCAACUCUCAUAUACAAACAGAUCCAGUAACAAAGAAAGAGGAGUCAGAGCUAGUAUGUACUUCGGAAGUGAGAACAGAUUUCUGUGAGAGCCGGGGUGACAUUAGAGUCCAGGGAAGUUCCUCCACUGUCUAUGUUGUGUCACCAGAAACAAGCACCUUGUCAGAAAACAUGUCAAAGAUCGUAAAACCUUAUGCAAGAAAGGGUGAUGCAUUUGCAUUGACCAUGGUGAGAGAAUGGUCAGUGAAACCAUUAAAGGGUAGCAAGCAAGUCCUUCAGUGCUCUCAAAAUCACUCUGUUCCAGCAAUCCUGUUCUCCACUGGAGGUUAUGCAGGAAAUCACUUUCAUGACUUCACAGACAUUCUCAUUCCCAUAUUUCUGACUUCAAGGAAAUAUAAUGGAGAAGUACAGUUUCUUGUAACUAAUUACAGAGCUUGGUGGCUUUCCAAGUACCAAGUACCUCUGAAGAAGUUGUCAAACUAUGAGUUCAUUGACAUCAACAAGGAUGACCAAGUUCAUUGCUUUCCAAGUGUGACUGUUGGUCUCAAACGGUACGAGAAGGAACUGCGCUUUGACCCUUUAAAGCACUCUUAUUCCAUGAAAAAUUUCAGGGAUUUCUUGAGAAGUUCCUAUUCCUUGAAGAGAGACAAAGCUGUCAUCUUAAGAGAUGGUCAAAACAGAAAGCCCAGGCUUCUGAUCAUAACAAGAAAAAGGACAAGAUCUUUCACUAACCUAGACCAGAUAGCCAAAAUGGCAAAGAGGCUGGGUUUUGAGGUUAUCACCAUGGAAGGAGGUGGCAACUUGUCAAAAUUUGCAGAGAUUGUGAAUUCCUGUGAUGUUGUAAUGGGAGUUCAUGGGGCUGGCCUUACCAACAUAGUUUUUCUUCCAGAAAAUGCUGUUUUUAUCCAAAUAGUACCAUAUGGUGGGGUGGACUGGCUUGCAAAACAAGACUUUGGAUUGCCCUCAAAGGAAAUGAACCUAAAGUACUUGGAAUACAACAUAAAGGUGGAAGAAAGCACACUGAUUCAACAAUACCCACCUGACCAUGCGGUUCUAAAAGAUCCUUCAUCAAUUAAAGGAUGGGCUGCAUUUAGGUCUGUGUAUUUGGAGAAGCAAAAUGUGAAGCUUGAUGUUGAUAGGUUUAGGCCAACUUUGCAGAAAGCCCUUGAGCUUUUGCAUGAGUAAGUUGGGUCGUUCGUGAUCAUUAUUUUCCGUUUGUUUUUUCGACAUCUUAGUGUACAUAAUAAAGGACAGAGAAACAUAAUAUACUUAUAUACACGAAAGGAGAAAAGAAGUUCAUCCACAUGAAGACAUUUUGCAGUAAGCUUGAGCAAUGAUGUUGAUUGUUGCUGUAGUCUUUUGUUAUUUCCCUUCAUUAAGUUGCCUUUUUUGUGGCAAAAUGAUUUUUGUUGCAAUGGAGCAAAUUAAAUUAUUGAUUUUAGUUUGUUAUUGGAGAUUUUAUUCAAUGUGGAAAAAGCUCAAGUUGCUAAGCA